AUGAGCAGAUUUUGCAAGAAUUGGUAAUAUUAAUACAGCGAAAAAGAAAUCUCUGAAGACGUUUUCAUGCUGCACGAGGCUCAUUGUGAGCGAUUUCUUUGCAAGUGUCCCGAAUGCGGAGAAGCAGUACCAAAGUCAUUCAAAGAUCAGCACAUUCAAGAUGUCCAUCCAAAAGAAAAGUGUCCAUUCUGUUAUGACUUAAUUGAAAAGAGCAAGCUUGAAGCCCAUAAAUUAGUUUGUGAUAGCAAACCAAGACCAUGUGAGCAUUGUGGAGCCAUCAUGGAAAUCAGCCAAAUGAUUGAUCACGAAGAUGCUUGUGGAAAUAGAACAGAACAGUGCGAUAUAUGCCAAAAAUUCAUCACGCUUAAAGCUAUGCCUGAACAUAUUUUUCAAUGCAUGGAAAACCUUGAUAAACCAAAUUCCAAUGCAAAAAAGAGAAAGCCAAAUGAAGAUGCAAAAGCACCGAGAAAGAGAAUGAAAAGGAAUAAAAAUGAUUGGGAUUAG